AUGAUUCUUGUCGAGCGCCCUGACGAUUUCCCUACUCUUAUAAACGAAUUUUUGACUGCUUAUCAAGAAACUAAUCGAUUCACCAAAGAUCCAUUAGCUGAUACCUUCAAUAGCGAGACAUUAGAAGAAAACCUUCAGGACAACAAUAUGGCCCAAGACAAUAAUCAAAACCAAGUUCCACUACUCAUCGAUCCGGAUGAUGACAAUCAAAUCGAUCAACCUAACCAACCCAUCCAGCCCAUCCCAAUUCUUCAGCAUAAUCAUUUUGCCCUCAGUAAUUUGUCCAAUCCUGGUCACCCAACUAUGGUUGUGGCCCCACCUCCAUUGCCAAAACCGGAGGACCCAAUUAUCAAAUUGACAGAGGCCAUUAACAAUAUGAUGACCCGGAUACAAGAGACUAGAGAGCCUCCUAGGCGUGGCCCCAAUAACUGGAAUAAUGCAACCCUGUUCACUUGUAACCGUUGUGGUCAGGCAGGACAUUAUGCAAGAAAUUGUCCUAACCCACCUCCACAAGCUCCCGUAACAAUAGGUAAUGAGGCCCAAACCUUUUUGAACUUACAUGAGGAGAUAUUGGAACCAUUGUAUCUCCCAGCCGAAGAAGUAGAAAAGCCAUCCCAACACACUCGUAGUAAGAAACGGCGAGUUGAGGAAUUGGCCCCGGAACAAGUAGAAGUUGGUCAAGAAACUUCUGUACCCAUUACAACGUAUCCUCGGGCCAUAAAGAUUCUGAUGAUGAAUCGAUGGUCUCGCAAUACAACGAACAACCUGAGGGCUUGGGGUCCCAUGAAGCUUGAUUUCUCCGGGUAUGAUCUUUCUGACUCAGAUGACGGUGAAGAAGUAAGUGGUGAAUUUUAUCACGACGACUUGGAAGAGUCCUCCUACGACCUGGAUAUAGGCAAGCUUGACGAUGAUAACCAUGACAAAAUUGAGGAAAUAUUAACAGGCUAUAGUGACCU